UUGCUUUUGACAAUUCUUCUCGGAUGGACAUAAACUUGCGGCAGGGAUUCAACAUUAUUGACAGUAACAACGAUCCAAGAAGAAAAGAAUUUGCAGUAAUAUCUUGGAGAGAGAUUUGGAGAAAAUAAUGGAGCGGAACCAGAACAUAAAGCAGUUCAAAGGCCAAACAAGACUACCAAAGUUUGCCAUCCCUGAUCGUUAUGACCUUCACCUCAAACCUGAUCUUUCAGUCUGUACCUUUUCUGGCACCAUAUGUAUUAACCUUAGAAUCAUUGAACCCACUAAGUUCGUUGUCUUAAAUGCUCUUGAACUCAAUAUCCAUGGAGUCUUGUUCACUGACUCUCAGAACCAACAGCAGUUUAGUCCAUGUGAUAUUGUUUUGGAUGAUGAUGAUGAGAUACUUAUGCUGGUCUUUGAAGAAGCACUUAAUGCUGGCGAUGGAAUCCUAAGGAUUGACUUUUCUGGGAUUCUUAAUGAGCAUUUGAGAGGGUUCUACAGAUGUACUUACAUGGAUGGAGAAGAGAAGAAGAAUAUGGCAGUUACUCAGUUUGAAGCAGUGGACGCAAGGAGGUGUUUUCCAUGCUGGGAUGAACCUGCGCUCAAGGCAACGUUCAAAAUAACCAUAGAUUUGCCGUUGGAGUUGAUAGCUUUGUCUAAUAUGCCAAUCAUCGAUGAAAAGCUUACUGGGAAUGUCAAGACUGUUUAUUUCGACGAGUCUCCUCUCAUGUCAACUUAUUUGGUGGCUGUUGUUAUUGGGUUAUUCGACUAUGUUGAAGACACGACAGCUGAUGGGGUCAAGGUUCGUGUGUACUGUCCUUUGGGUCAGGCUAACGAAGGGAAAUAUGCUCUAAGUAUUGCUGUCAGGGCACUUGAUUUAUUUGCUGAGUACUUCUCGAUGCCCUACCCGCUUCCUAAGCUGGAUAUGGUUGCUGUCCCUGAAUUUUCUGGUGGAGCCAUGGAGAAUUAUGGUCUUAUAAUUUAUCGUGAAAAUGAGUUACUAUAUGAUGAUCUGCAGUCUACAGCUGCUAGAAAGCAGAUAAUGACAAUUGUUGUAAUGCAUGAAGUGGCCCAUCAUUGGUUUGGCAAUCUAGUUACUAUGGAAUGGUGGACUCAUUUAUGGCUAAAUGAGGGUUUUGCAACAUGGAUUAGUUACAUGGCAACAGAUGGCUUGUUUCCUGAGUGGAAAAUAUGGACUCGGUUUCUUCAGCAAACAACUGGUGGCUUGCGUGUCGAUGCUCUAGAAGGAUCACAUCCAAUUGAGGUGGAGGUACACCAAGCUCGUUCAGUGAAUGAAAUCUUCGAUGCAAUCAGCUAUAAGAAGGGAUCAGCUGUUAUCAGAAUGUUGCAGGGCUAUCUUGGGGAUGACAUAUUGCAGAAAGCCUUGAGCUCAUACAUGGAAAAAUACGCUUGGAAAAAUGCCAAGACAGAAGAUUUAUGGAGCGUUCUUUCAGAAGAAUCUGGUAUUCAAGUGAACAAAAUGAUGGAUUGCUGGACAAAGAAAAAAGGAUAUCCAGUCAUUUCCGUAAAAUCUGAAGACCACUUCUUAGAAUUUGAACAGUCACAAUUCCUGUCAUCUGGUUUGCAUGGUGAGGGGAAAUGGAUUGUUCCAAUAACUUUGUUCCUUGGCUCUUACAACAGACGCAAGAAUUUCCUGUUAGAGUCAAAAUUUGAAAAGGUGGAUGUAUCUGAGCUCUUUUCAUCUUCUGAUGGGUAUUCUGGCUCAUUCAAUGAAGCUAACGAGGAGAAAUGUUCCGAGUUUGUAUGGGUCAAAGUUAACGUUGAGCAGAGUGGUUUCUAUAGAGUAAAAUAUGAAGAUAAACUUGCAGCUCAACUGAGGAAAGCAGUAGAGAAAAAUUGCUUGUUGGCAACAGAUAAAUUUGGGGUUCUGGAUGAUGCAUUUGCUCUUUGCCAGGCUUGUGAAAUAUCAAUAUCAUCUUUGCUUUCUUUGAUGGAUGUAUACAGAAAAGAGUUGGAUUAUGCUGUAUUGUCAAAACUCAUUGAUGUAUGCUAUAGUGUCGUUGAGAUCUCGAUAGACGCCAUCCCAGAUGCAGUGAAUGAGUUGAAAACGUUUUUCAUCAACCUCCUCCUAUUUUCUGCUGAGAAAUUAGGAUGGGAAUCGGUUCCAGGUGAGAUCCACUUAAAUACAAUGUUAAGAGGAGAUGUAUACAAGGCCUUGGCUACCUUUGGGCAUGAUAAAACUCACAGUGAAGCAAUGCAGCGGUUUGAAUCGUUGUUAAAUGACAGAGCCACACCUCUUCUUUCAGCUGAUAUAAGAAAGGCUGCGUACAUUGCUAUAAUGAGGAAUGCUAGCACCACAAAUAGAAAUGGUUUUGAGUCCUUGUUGAAGAUUUUGAGAGAAGCCGAUACAGUUCAUGAGAAGGAACGUGUUUUGGGAUGUAUAGCUUCAUGUCCAGACUCGGAGAUAGUUCUAGAAGUUCUGAACCUGUUGGUUUCUGAUGAGGUUCGGGAUCAGGACAUCAUCUAUGGACUGCGUGGAAUUAGCUUAGAGGGCCGCGAAAUAGCAUGGAGAUGGUUGAAGGACAACUGGGACCUAAUCUUGAACAAAUAUGGUGAUGGACUUCUAAUCACCCAUUUCAUUAGAGAUAUCAUCACACCAUUCUGCAGCAAUGAAAAGGCUGAUGAAGUGACAGAAUUUUUUGCUACUCGGGCAACUCCAGGGAUUGCAAUGAAUUUGAAGCAAAGCAUAGAGCAAGUAAGAAUCAAGGCAAGGUGGGUUCAAAGCAUAAAGCAAGAAAGUUCCCUUGAAGAAGUAAUCUCACGACUAGCUUGCUAAGCAUGAUACCUCGUACAACUUUUGAUUGUGUUUUGGUAACGUGGUGUGGAUGUUCUUAUAAAAGUGUGUUUGGAUUAAAAAAAAUAUAUAUCAAAUUUGAUGUUUUUUUCAAUAAUCUUGAUAUUAAUAUAUUUAAAAUUAUCCAAUAUUAACAA